AUGGAGAAAUCAAAACCUGCUUCUAGAAAAAGAAAAGCCACAGAGGCGUCCAGUAACACUCCUAAGAAGGUCAUCAAAAAGGGUGAUAAAACUGAAAGGGUUUGUAAGACAGAAGUUAAAACGACGAAAAUUGUAAAAAAACGAGUAAAGAAGAUACCAGAAGAGAAUUGUGAAAAUGACGUUUGUUUACCAGAUGAGUGCACUUCUGAGCACAGUGAUAAUUUGUGGAAUGAAGCACAGAUGCUUUCAUGUGCAGAAAAAGUACCAUCACAUUUAGCUACGCAAUUUAUAAAUUUACUAAACGAAGGCUGCACCUUACCUUUCAUAGCAAGGUACCGUAAAGAAGCUGUGGAUCAUUUAUUGCCUGACAGACUUCAAGAAAUAUAUGAAAGCUACCAAAACAUAGCCCAGUUUAAAAAGAAAGUUAAAUCUGUAUUAGAAACACUGAAAAAGUCCAAGAAACUUACACCAGAAGUCGAGAAGAGUAUUUUAAAUGCUAGAAAUCUGUCUGAACUCGAUUUAGUGUAUGCACCACUCAAAUCACACUCACUGUCUCUUGCGGAACGAGCAAAAUCAUUAGGCUUAGAACCACACGCUAUUAAUGCAUUGAAUGGGGGAUAUCUAAGUCUGGAGACGCUAUGUGAUGGGAGUGAAGAAUUAUCUAGUCCAGAAAAAGUAGAAUCCCACAUUACUCAUAUAGUAGCUGAUAUUAUUUAUAAGGACACUCGAGUGUUGGAACAAAUGAGAAGUUUAAGAGAAGAGACAAAAUUUAUAUUACAAAGUAGCAGAAGCAAGAGUUCUACUAAGGUCAAGGAGGAGCUGAAAAAAAAAUAUGAUACAAAAUCAGAUCCGGAGACAUACAAGCUUUAUUUUGACUGGAAGUGUCCACUGCAUUUCGUUAAAAGUUACCAGACCUUAGCCAUAAAUAGAGGGGAGGAUGAAAAGAUACUAUCUGUGAAAGUGGUUGUGCCUGAUUGGUUUUAUAAUAAGCUUGAAAGAUUUUGCUUAUCAUUAUGGAAAAGUAAUCAAUGGGUGCGCAAAGGCCUACAGGACGCCUACACAAGACUGAUUAAGCCAUGGCUUUCGAGACAGGUCCGUUCUGAACUCACAGCUGCAGCGGAGAAAGAAGCUAUCAAGACAUUUACAGCAAACUUGGAGAAAUAUCUACUGACUGAACCGAUAAAGAACAGACGGAUUGCCGGCCUGGAUCCAGGGUUUAAAGCUGGGUGUAAGGUUGGCAUAAUUGAUGUGAAUGGAGCGAAAUUGCAAGCCUGCACGAUCCACCCCAACCUCAAAAAUUAUAACAAUAGUGACCCAGCAGCCAAGCAGUUGCAAGAGUUAUUGGAAAAACAUCGGGUAGACCUCAUUGGACUUGGCAAUGGUACGGCGUGCCGUGAAACAGAGAGCUGGUUGAAGUUUCACCAUCUAUCUGAUGACAUUCCCAUCAUCAUAGUACCGGAACAAGGAGCUUCAAUCUAUUCUGUAAGCAAGGAAGCGCAAAAGGAACACCCAAAUAUGGACCCUAAUCUCAUAUCAGCUUUGUCUAUAGCCCGACGUGUUCUGGAUCCUUUAGGGGAACUAAUAAAGGUGGAUCCAAAAAAUCUAGGCGUCGGCCUAUAUCAACACGACAUUCCUCCAAAAAUGCUGGAGUCAGCUCUAAGUGGUGCAGUGGAGAAGGUUGUCAGUUUGGUGGGCGUGGACAUUAAUACUGCAUCUCAGGCUAUGCUUCGACGAAUCGCAGGCCUUAACGAUGGCAGGGCUAAGAAGAUUAUCUCAUACCGAGAAGACAGUGGCGGGUUCAGAACUCGAGCAGAAAUUCUAAAGGUGUCCGGUAUAGGGAAAAUUACCUAUCAGCAGUGUGUCGGGUUUUUGAAGAUAGUGGGAGGACCAGAGCCCCUUGACAGCACUAUCAUACAUCCAGAGAGCUAUGGUGUUGCCGAAUUAUUCGCGAAAAAAAUCGGCGUGGAAAUAAAGCAUUUGACAAGGCCCGAGUUCCCCGAACAGGUGGAACGAAGAUGUGUGAACAUUGACUUAACGUCGCUUACCAAAGACCUGGACACAGAUGUCAGUACUCUAGAGCUGAUAUUGACGGCGUUCAAACAGAAGAGCUAUGAGGAUAAUAUUAUUACGUUUUGUAGACCGGUUUAUUCCAUCUCUGUGCAGACCAGCGAACAAAUUAUUGCGGGGACAAAGUUGACAGGUGUGGUAAGAAACGUGGUGCCAUUCGGUUGUUUUGUGGACUGCGGCGUGGGCGACAACGGUCUCAUUCACAGGAGCAACCUGGGUGGCAACCAGACACCCAAGCUGGGUGACAGGGUGGCCGUCACCGUCAUCAACACAACCAAAGCCAAAGAAACUGCAGUUGAAACUAGAUAG